AAGACCCAAUCACAAAUAGUCGGUGUCAACCCAGAAGUUUAUUUACCAUUUGUUGAUAGUUGUGGAUAUCACGUAAUUUAAUCAGGGUAAAUGGAUUCAUCGGAGGAAUCAUCUCUUUAUGCCCUCAAUUGGAGUUACUUCGACCGGAACCUAAGGAGUGCAGUUUCAAACUUUCGCUCGCUGAAGCGAUAUUCGGACGUAACGUUCCUGUGCCAGGACAAAACCCUGUAUGGACAUAAAAUCAUUUUGCAUGCCGGGAGCGACUACUUCCGCGAACUGUUUGAAGACCACCGUGCCAGCAACAAUCUCGUGAUUUAUAUGUACCACGUUAAAGGAGUUGUUUUGAAGAAAUUACUGGAGUACCUUUACUGCGGAGAAGUCCAGGUGGAAAAGAAGUACCUGCCGGAGUUUAUCAUGCUGGGACAAAGUCUCAAAGUAAAAGGAUUGGUGAAUCGGACAGAAGAUACAUCCAAACAAUCUACAGAGAAUGAUCAGAUGAAAUUUAAACGGAAAAAGUUGGAAGAAUAUAUUUUAACAAAAAAUAAAAAAUCAAAGGGUGACGCGGGCGAAAAUGAUGAAUUGACACUUCCUGACGAAGAGGAUGCAAGUACCGACGAGGAACCGGAGCAAGAUAAACCAAAACAGGAAUCUUUGGAAGAAAAAACAGAAAACCCUCUAGAAAGUGCAGACAGUAGUAUUAUUUUAGCGAAGCCAGGGGCGCCCGAUGAAGACGAAGAUCAGUUAACGUCACAUUUCCAUCGAGCUGUUACAAAAAGUUACACACGAUACCAGAGAUUAGUAGCAAAUAUCAGAAAGACAGAAAGCGGCCCACAUGAAAUGACGAAAGGCACUCGUAGACGAUGUGGUCAAUGUAGUAUACAAAAGCUGGAAAAACGGACUAGUUACUAUUGCCGAACAUGUAACAUAGCUUUAUGUCGAGAAUGUUUUGAACCGUUUCAUAAAACAUUUGAUGGUGGAGAUGGGUCCAAAGGAGCAGCGUGAUUAUCGUUUGUAUAACGUAGGCACAAAUAGUUAUUUCUACAAAUUUUCAAUUAUGCAAAGAUAAAUUAUUGUUUUGUGUUUUCUUCUGGUAAGAAAAUUGUUCAUGUGGAUAAUUGUCUAUUCUGGAAUUAAAAAAGUGACAUCAAUUUAA